AAACUCAUUGCGUCACAUCCGGUCAGCUGCCACUUCCGGGUGCGGUAAAACAGCAGAGAAGUAGGAAACACCACACGUAUAUGGAUUAAUCAAAAGGACAAGACACUGGCUAUAAAGUCGGAGGAGUUUGUGGUAUCGUCCACAGUGGAUUUAUAGAGAUAAACACACAAACUGGAGACUGUUUUAACGAUAUUUUACUUCGUCUGACGGACUGAACGUUGUUUUUACCGAGUAAUCGUUUAUGUCUUCUUGCUAGCUUAUACCAGCGCAGUGUUAGGUGAUACGCGUAGACGAAUAGAUUUCUCUUUUGGAUAAGCUACUCGUGGUCACAGUUAUUCCCGAUAAAUCUCUUAUUCGUAUCGGCACUGCGUGUUUGAUUGUAAUUGUAAGGCGUUUUCCGAGUUUGUUUUGGUCGGGACUGCAUUAGAAACACAUGUUCCUAACUGUGAACACAAGUAAGAAAAAAAACUCUUUUCCUCAAAUAUCCAGGACACAUUGAGAAACAUCUCAACAAGUGGAGAAAAUGGAUGUGAUGUGGACUUCACUCACCACACAGAAAACACAGCAGAUGCUUGGUAAAUAACACUUUCCUACAGCUGGUAGUCUCCACUACUUUUUCCUGCUCCUGCUGACGUCACAUAACAAACAGUAUCCCGUGUUUGAAUUUGGCUGAGGUGGAGAAGGUCUUCUUUGUUUUAUUUUUGUUUCAGCACGGCCCAUAUUUGCUUAGGCCAAGCUCUUCAUAUCAACAGUGAAGGAUGAAUGGUCUCUCUAUCAGUGAGCUCUGCUGCCUGUUCUGCUGUCCGCCCUGCCCUGGCCGCAUAGCAGCCAAGCUUGCCUUCCUGCCCCCUGAGCCCACAUACACCUUUCUUCCAGACACAGAAGCAGGCCCAACUGUGCCAGGGGGAACAGGGACAUCUAGCCUACGGUCACAGAGCGGAGGAUCAUUUGCAGGAAGCGGAGGGGCUGGGGCUGUGGAGGGGAGAUGGAAGCUUCACCUGACAGAGCGAGCAGAGUUUCAGUACUCACAGAGAGAGCUGGACAUGACAGAGGUGUUCCUCACUCGAUCCAGCCGAGGGAACAGAGUCGGCUGCAUGUACAUUCGUUGUGUUCCUAAUGCCAGAUUUACAGUGCUUUUCUCCCACGGAAACGCAGUUGACCUGGGCCAGAUGAGCAGUUUCUACUUUGGCCUCGGCACUCGCAUCAACUGCAACAUCUUUUCCUAUGACUACUCGGGCUAUGGUGUCAGCACUGGCAAGCCCUCUGAGAAGAACCUCUAUGCUGACAUAGAUGCUGCCUGGCACGCCCUGCGCACACGGUAUGGCAUUACCCCAGAGAAUAUUAUCCUGUAUGGACAGAGCAUUGGCACAGUUCCAACUGUGGACCUGGCAUCACGGUACGAGUGUGCUGCUGUGGUCCUUCACUCGCCUCUGACAUCUGGCAUGAGAGUGGCCUUUCCUGAGACAAAGAAAACCUACUGCUUCGAUGCUUUCCCCAACAUUGAGAAAGUGUCCAAAAUCACAUCUCCGGUGCUCAUCAUCCAUGGGACGGAAGACGAGGUGAUCGACUUCUCCCAUGGCCUGGCUCUGUUUGAGCGCUGCCCCAAGGCUGUGGAGCCUCUCUGGGUGGAGGGAGCAGGACACAACGACAUUGAAUUGUACAGCCAGUAUCUGGAGCGCCUGCGUCGCUUCAUAGGGCAGGAGCUGGUGAUACAACAUGCCUGAUCAAAGUCACUACACUCAUUAUCAGUGUCAUCAUUACCAUGUUUCCUCUCUGAUGGAAAUCCAAGAGUUGUCUGAACAGUCCUUGGCUUACUGCAACUUCCAGAGGUGUAAGGUUUCACAUACUGUAUAGUGCUCUGUUCUCUGGGCCCAGGAUGCCUUUAACGGACCAUGGAUCGAUACGACACAGAGGAAAGGACAGUGUAUAUCAGAUAUGCGUGAGAGCGAAAGACUCCUCUUUUUUUAACAGUACAGUUGCCAUGUGUCAUGUCACUGUGCAGUGAUAAUUUGUGUUGAAAUUAAAUAGAGAGGGUGAGUUAACAGUACAACAAACUGAUAAAUUAUCAUGUACGCUGUGGAAAGUUUUCAGCCUGAUCGUAGAGUUUGUGUGUAACUAACCUGUUAACCCAAGUUAAAUGGACUGUGGUGAAGCAUGGUGGAUAUUCCACCCUCUGAUGUCUAGUGGGGAAUAUUUUGGGCUUCUCACAAACAGGUGUGUGAUUAUGUUCUCCACAGUGAAUUAGUUUUAUUAGCACCUGUACAAUCUAAUGCAAUCCAAUAGAAAAGCCAUCCAGUAAAUCCUGUUUCACAAGGGUUUAUUUGGUGGUGUUGUGUUGAACUGCAUUACACUGGAAAGUGUUUCUAAUGUCCCUCGUGUAUGUAGACUGGGGGGUGGAUUAAAAAAAACGAACCCCUCUGUAUUCUUGGCAGGAAAUGACAUUAAUGAAUAUAGAUGCAUUUUGAGUGUGUUUGAUUUUCACUGUACUGAACAUUUUGCUCAGGUGACCCUUGUUUAGACAUUGGUAUGAAUGCGUGUUGUUUUAUAUGCAGUUGGCUAAAUCGCCUCAGAUCAUUUAUAGCAAAACCUUCUGAAAUCACAUUGAUCCAGGGUGAGGACUUUUUUAUUUUGAAAUUUAACCAGUAAUGAAUCGUGAAUCACACUCCGUAAGGGAGUACAGACCAAACCUUGAGUUUAGUGAGCCCUAACAAGGUGUUAGUAUUAUUAUUAUUAUUAUUAUUAUUAUUUGCUGCAGUUAAUUUAUCUUGCUAUUUGCAACACAUUUACGUCCCAGUGAUGGCGCUGGAUCAGCUGAAGAACAGCUGAUGUUCCAGAGCCUCAGAACACUCCUUCAUUUAGUGGAAUGCCUGUGACAGUCUGUUGUGUUAGCCCCAUCCAUUUGUUGUAGGUUCCUAGUCUUGUUUUUGUCUCGCACACCAGCAGAUCACAGCUGUGCGUUCCUGUUUUGCUCAGUGUCUGGAACAAGAGAAGCAACACUAAAAUUAAACAGGUCCUGUUUUUCUCCCUCCAGCCUGUUUCUGUCUCCAUGUCUUUGGGUUUUUCUUUUAUGUCUGAUGGCUGUCUUACUCAUCAUUUACUCAUGAGCUUCACAUUAUUAACUGUUGUUCCUACCUUUAACUGGAUAAGCACAAAGAUGCUUUAUAGCAAAGCAGUAUAGUUCAUUGGUUGUUUUACAGCUUUACCAAAGUAGGAAAAGAGAUCAGUGUUUGCUAUUUAUCGUCCUACAAAACACUACUUUUCCACCACUCUUUUAAAUUAUAUUGUCAGGCAGAGGUAGAUAAGCUGUAUGAAAUUGUAGAACAUCUUGUCUCUGUUUUGCCAUUGACUUCUUGGUAACACUAUGGUUUUUACUACACAAAGCUAAUAUUUCAAAAGUACAAUUUCUAGUUCUAAUUUCUGCUGCUAUGGCUGUAAGACAGGAAAAUCAAAAAUGAUGAGCUGCCCCUGUUUUGUUGUUUUUUUUUGUGCUGAUUAUUUGAGGAAAUAUUGCAAAUUAAUUGGCUCAUUUUGCUGCAGGUGUCAUCUUUUUCUUUUCUGUGACAGUACAAAAACUGGUACAACAUGAUGUGAGCUGGUUGCCCUGUUGACGUUGUUUUGGGUUGACUAAUGGGGUAAAUCAUAAUCCCUUUUUUCACUGCCUUUGUGAGAGUCCCUGCAUCUUUUGAACCUCAGUGUUGCAGUGUUCAAGUUCUUAAUUGAAAGUUAAGACUCUUCCGUUUGAUGGGCUUUAAGAAGGAGUCAGGAUUUUCUUGUUGAUGUAUGAACCAAAGUCUUGUUUUUGUUUAUUUUACCUGCUGUUUAGGUUUGUGUCUUUGCAACCAAAGGCAUUUUUAAUUAGAUUUUUUUUUUUUUUUAUCUGUAUGCUUUGAUUUUCUUCCACUAUUCCUUUGGAUGCAAAUGAAAUGUAUAAGUGUCAUAUCACUAAAUAAUGUUUUAUCAUAUUACAUCUGGUUUCACAUAUGCAAUAGAGUUUAAAUAUUAUAAAUUAACCAAGUUUGGGGUGUUUAUUUUUUCAAGCUGUUUAUAAUUCAUCAGCUGUGGAGGGAUACAACUCAGCAGUACACUAAAGCUGUGUGUGUUGGGAUAUGUUUAGAAAAGGGUGUGGGAUGAUAAAAGAACAAUGCCAGAGGAGCUUCAAGCUCGAGACAAAGCUUUUGUUUUAAAAGGAAACUGUUUUCUAUUUAUCUCAGGCUUGUUUGGAUCUCGGGUGUAACACAGCUGUGUAUCAGCUUUGUCAUUGCACAUUGUUGCUCAUUAUACUGACAAAUUUUUUGAUUUAAAAAAAAAA